AUGCUAUCCCACAGAAGGUGUCUUGAGGACUCGAUCGGAUAUCAAUUCAAAGAUUUGGACAUUCUCAAGGAGGGAUUCGUAGCAGCAGGUGCUUCGAGCGCAGUGAAAGAUACGCAUGUGUCAUUGGAAGGAAACAAACGGCUCGCAUUCGUUGGUGAUGCAGUACUGCGUCUUAUAGUUGCAGAUGAGUGGUUCCCAAGUGGAACGAGCACAGCGACGGCGAACAAGCUCCUCGAAGAAUAUGGUUCAAACGACAAAUUAAGUGAAACAGCCAAGGCCCGUCGGUUUCAGGAUUAUCUGAUUCGAAAUCCUUCCCAACGCGGAGAAGACGCCCGAACAACCUUGGCCUCAACAACCGAAGCUCUUAUCGGUGCGGUGUGGAUCGAUUCUGGAAAGGAUUUUGUGACAACUCAGCGUGUUGUGAAAAAGCUGGGCUUGUUUCCAAAGCGCAUGACCCGAUAA